UGAAGGUCUCGCGAGAACGAGAGAGCCUGGCCAACCCGUAUAGCGAUCUCUCGCGAUAGAUGCAGCAAGAAUUCGACUGGUGGGAGGUGGGUUGAGGGCUCUCGCGAGAACUGAAGGUAUCGCGGCAUCGACGGCGGCUGCUGGAGAGCGAAGAGGAUAGGAAGCCCUUCAUCUUGAGUGCUUGAUGUUGGAAGCGGCCUGACUAUCUGCCGGAAGCCCUUUCCGAGGGGGUAGGAAGACCACCCUCGAGCCGGAAGUCCCGCCUCCUUGAGUCCCCCCCCCCCCUUUUAGAAGUUUUUCUGUCACCUGAGAUUGUAUCCUUGCCUCCCCCCAGGGUUCAUUUACUGUUUCUCCCCCAGCUCCACUGAACGCCUUGGCGCUCUCGCUCCCCGAGUGGAGGCCCCCUCCCCGCGCCCCCAUGUAGCUGGGAAGUGAGGCCUGGGGGUAGCUGCGCCCCUGGGAUCCUGAAGGAGAGGUGGCGAGGGCGCGGGACUCGGCUUCUGCUCUGCGCCUGCCCCUCCCGCUGCCAUGCACCCCGCGGCUUUCCCGCUUCCGGUGGUUGUGGCCGCUGUGCUGUGGGGAGCGGCGCCCAUCCGGGGGCUCAUUCGAGCGACCUCAGACCACAAUGCCAGCAUGGACUUUGCAGAUCUCCCCGCUCUCUUUGGGGCCGCUCUGAGCCAGGAGGGACUUCAGGGGUUCCUUGUGGAGGCUCACCCAGCCAAUGCCUGCAGCCCCAUUGCCCCACCACCCCCAGCCCCGGUCAAUGGGUCAGUCUUUAUUGCACUGCUUCGAAGAUUCGACUGCAACUUUGACCUCAAGGUCCUAAAUGCUCAGAAAGCUGGGUAUGGUGCAGCUGUGGUACACAAUGUGAAUUCCAAUGAACUUCUGAACAUGGUGUGGAAUAGUGAGGAAAUUCAGCAGCAGAUCUGGAUCCCAUCUGUGUUUAUUGGGGAGAGGAGCUCUGAGUUCCUGCGAGCCCUGUUCGUCUAUGAAAAGGGGGCUCAGGUGCUUCUGGUCCCAGACAAUAGCUUCCCCUUGGGCUAUUACCUCAUCCCUUUCACAGGGAUUGUAGGACUGUUGGUUUUGGCCAUGGGUGCAGUGAUGAUAGUUCGUUGUAUCCAGCACCGCAAACGACUUCAGCGGAACCGACUGACCAAAGAGCAACUGAAACAGAUUCCUACACAUGACUAUCAGAAGGGAGACCAGUAUGAUGUCUGUGCCAUCUGCCUGGAUGAAUAUGAAGAUGGGGACAAACUGAGGGUGCUCCCCUGUGCUCAUGCCUACCACAGCCGCUGUGUGGACCCCUGGCUUACUCAGACCCGGAAGACCUGCCCCAUCUGCAAGCAACCUGUUCACAGGGGUCCUGGGGAUGAAGAGCAAGAGGAAGAAACUCAGGGGCAAGAGGGUGAUGAGGAAGGGGAACCAAGGGAGUAUCCUGCCUCUGAAAGGACCCCACUUCUGGCCUCUAGCCCCACUCUGCCUACUUCCUUUGGCUCACUAGCCCCAGCCCCUCUAGUUUUUCCUGGACCUUCAACAGAUCCUCCACCCUCUCCUUCCACUUCUACUGCCAUUCAGGUCUGAUGCUCCUUGCUUCAACCCGACUGCUGAUUACCUAUUUGCACAGCCCCUCACCCUCCAGUCUUUUCAGAGGGACAAAGGGACAUUUCUGUCCCAGGUUUCUUUCAUAACCAACCCCAUCCUUUUGAGGAGGGCUGGGGAUGUAUAGGAACUGGGUUUUCACUUACUAAGUAAAUAAAGUUGUUUUUGUGGACUAA